GGUUUUUAGUUAGUGUAAGGUUAGAUGGUAGGGUAUUCAUUAUUAUUUUAAACAAAGUUUAAGGGAGUUAUACUCCAGUCUAGUAGGUGGCGGUAAUGCAACAUUUAUUGGAUACCAAUCGCCAUUAAACCUCAUAGAAGAAAAGGAAGAAUCAGAAGAAUCAGAGGGCAUUGCUAACGGCUAACGUGGAUUUUGUCCCGAUAUUCGGCUAAUAUUAGGGGUUUUGGGAAAUUUGUUCAAAACAAAGAUGUUGAAGUAGGUGUUAAGGUAUAAUAUAAGGUUGUAAGAUAACCAGUAACAGGGUAUAAUUUCUACACGUUUUUGUUUUCUGAACCAGUAAUUUCGCGAAGCGAAUUAAUCGUAGCUAACGUUGCUUAGCUAGUAACCAGCACUAGAUUUGCACUUUGCACUGCUCACUCAGGCCUUUUUUUCUGCGUCGCCAUGGCCGAUGUUGAUAAACUCAAUAUAGACAGUAUCAUCCAGCGUCUUUUAGAAGUCAGAGGUGCAAAACCUGGUAAGAAUGUGCAGCUGCAGGAGAAUGAGAUCCGAGGAUUGUGCCUCAAGUCCAGGGAGAUCUUUCUCAGCCAACCUAUCCUUCUGGAGCUUGAAGCCCCCCUCAAAGUCUGUGGUGACAUCCAUGGGCAGUAUUACGACUUAUUGAGGCUGUUUGAGUAUGGGGGCUUCCCUCCUGAGAGCAACUACCUAUUUCUGGGAGACUAUGUGGACAGAGGGAAGCAGUCUCUGGAGACCAUCUGUCUGCUUCUAGCCUACAAAAUCAAAUACCCGGAGAACUUCUUCCUGCUGAGGGGAAACCAUGAGUGUGCCUCCAUCAACAGAAUAUAUGGAUUCUAUGAUGAGUGUAAAAGAAGGUACAACAUCAAGCUCUGGAAAACAUUUACAGAUUGUUUUAACUGCCUCCCUAUCGCUGCCAUUGUUGAUGAGAAGAUCUUCUGUUGCCAUGGAGGGUUGUCACCCGACCUCCAGUCCAUGGAGCAGAUCCGGCGUGUCAUGCGGCCCACCGACGUCCCUGACCAGGGCCUCCUGUGUGACCUGCUCUGGUCUGAUCCAGACAAGGAUGUCCUUGGCUGGGGAGAGAACGACAGGGGUGUCUCAUUCACCUUUGGAUCAGAAGUGGUGGCAAAGUUCCUGCACAAACAUGACUUGGAUCUGAUCUGUCGCGCCCAUCAGGUUGUUGAGGACGGCUAUGAGUUCUUUGCAAAGCGACAGCUUGUGACUUUAUUCUCAGCACCGAACUACUGCGGGGAGUUUGACAAUGCUGGUGCCAUGAUGAGUGUGGAUGAGACUCUCAUGUGCUCGUUUCAGAUUUUGAAGCCAGCCGAGAAGAAGAAGCCAAAUGGCAGCCGUCCAGUCACACCCCCACGGAACAUGGUCACCAAGCAAGGCAAGAAAUAAGGUGGCAUGAGCUCCCCUUUCUGCUUUCGUCUGUUGCAUCUGAAGGGUUGGUUGCCCUUUGCUGCCAAUACUGAAAAGAUAUCCACUCCAACCUGAUGAAAGCGGAAUGUUUUGUUGUUUUGUCCACAAGGGUAAAUGGAUAUGUCACCAUGAAAACCUCAGGGGUUUUGCACUCCAUUGCAACUAGUCUUUGCCACAUGACUGUUCAAUCAGGAACAAUGUAACAAUAUGGCUAAUAAUGCACAGAAAUGCCUUGUUUCAAGCUGUGCACAAAUUUUCCAAUUUCUUCAUUUCAUGUCAUCAAUUUCUGUCGUCACCUGUUUCUUACUGUCAAUGUCAAUAAUGAAAUUAAUGGUUCUUAAACAACUAUGGAAAUAUUACAUUUAGAUGUUUAUUUCGGUAUAACUUGUUUUAUCAUAGGACAUUGAAUCCGCACUCUGCGCCUGCAUCCUCACCAUUUUUAAAAAGUAUUGUGCUGAAUUUAAAUGAAGAAAUAAAACAUUCUUGUAAUGUCUAAGUCUUUCUAAUAAACUUUUAGCACAUUUGAGGGGGAAA